GAUGAGAUGACUGACUGGAUUAAGCUAGACAUCUGCUCCACCCCUCUGCAGCGUGAAGUUUCUGCUGUGCCCUCAGCUGCCCAAGCCUUUGGUAUAGCAUCCUCAUCCUUUUCUUUCCUUGACCACAUUGUCAAUAAAGCCCUGGCGCAUAAAUUUAGAGAGUCUGUUGAGGCUCCUUUGAAUGGAUAGAUGUCCUCCCAUUUCCUUCCUAGCAAAACCCUCAUUGGUUUUGAGAACACCUUUGGCUUGAAGUCAGAUUCUUUGGGAGAGUUAGAACUCUAUUCUAAACCACCCCUCUCACCUUGCAAACUCUCUGAGCCUCAGCUCUUGGGCUGUGAUGGGUAGUGGUGUGCUGGUCUCUUUGAGUGGCACGUCACUGUAGAGGCCGAGUACCUGGAGUUGGGGGAAGCAUUCUCAGGGGUCCUUGGCUUGACUCUGGUGUGGAGCAUCCAUUACAUGAGCAAGGUCAGGUGCAAUCUGGGCCCAGUAGUGUCUGUCCCACAAGUGGGACCUGGGGAGAAGAAGGAAGUCUUUAUCACACUCACCUGGAACUCAGCAGCAGAUGAUGAUUUUGACCAGUUUGAUAAGCCUGGUGCAGAGCGGUCCUGGAGAAGAAGAGCAGCUGAUGAGGACUGGGACAGUGAACUUGAAGAUGACUUACUUGGAGAAGAUUUGCUGUCUGGCAAAAAGAAUCAGUCGGAUUUGUCAGAUGAAGAGCUAAAUGAUGAUCUUUUACAGAGUGAUAAUGAAGAUGAAGAAAAUUUCAGUUCUCAGGGUGUCACGAUUAAUCUGAAUACCACAUCUGGCAUGGUUACAUCAUUUGAACUAUCGGACAACACAAAUGACCAAUCUGGAGAACAAGAGUCUGAGUAUGAACAAGGAGAGGAUGAGAUAGCUUACCACAAAUCCGACGGACCAGAAUUGUACACUCAGGAGUACCCCGAGGAAGGACAGUACGAUGAAGGCCAUGACACGGAGUUGACAGAAGACCAGAUAGAGUAUGGGGAGGAGCCAGAGGAGGAGCAGCUGUACAGUGACGAAGUGUUGGACAUUGAAAUCAAUGAACCUUUAGAUGAGUUUACAGAUGAAGAACACUUGCAGGCUUAUGGUGGGCAACAAGGGCUGCAAGAGCAGGAAGACUGUGUUGCUGAAGAUGAAUUAGAUGAGAUUACUGAUUCCCAGGUUGCUCCUGAGACCCAAGAGGGAAGUAUGGAAACUUUGGAGCUCCAGAAAGACGUUAAAGAAGAAUCAGAUGAAGAGGAAGAUGAUGAUGAAGAAUCUGGACGAUUACGUUUCAAAACGGAAAGGAAAGAAGGAACAAUUAUUAGGCUCUCUGAUGUAACUAGAGAGAGAAGGAACAUUCCAGAAACUUUGGAGCUUUCAGCCGAAGCCAAAGCUGCAUUGCUUGAAUUUGAAGAAAGAGAGCGGCAGCACAAGCAGGGCCGCUACGGCUCCCGGCGGGGAGGAAGGAGAGGCGGCUCUCUGAUGUGCCGUGGAAUGGGCGACCAGAGGAGAGAGGGCAGCGAGCGGGGCAGAAUGAAGGACCACAGGCCCGCUCUGCUUCCUGCACAGCCUCCUGUUGUGACUCAUUCUCCGAGACUGAUCCCACCUCCACAACCUCAGCCUCCACCUCCACCUCCACCUCCUCAGCAGCAGCCAAUCAGAAGUCUGUUUCAGCAGCAGCAGCUACAGCCUCUGCUUCCCCUACAACACCCACAUCACCCCUCCCCGCCGCAGGGAGUGCACAUGCCCCCCCAGAUAGAGGCCCCAAGGAUGAUGCUGACGCCCCCUCCUGUGACGCCACAGCAACCCAAGAACAUCCACAUCAACCCCCACUUCAAGGGGACAGUGGUGACCCCUGUUCAAGUGCCCUUGCUGCCAGUACCGAGCCAGCCGAGGCCUGCUGUGGGACCCCAGCGAUUCCCAGGCCCUCCGGAAUUCCCACAGCACACACCUGGACCUGUUCCCAACAGUUUCAGCCAGCCCCCACGACUUCCUCUCCAGGACCAGUGGAGAGCUCCACCCCCACCCCAGGAGCGAGACCCUUUCUUCUUGGGAGUUUCAGGUGAACCACGGUUCCCCAGUCAUCUUUUCUUGGAGCAACGAAGUCCCCCUCCACCACCGCCUCCACCCACACUUCUGAACAGCAGCCAUCCUGUUCCUGCUCAAAGUCCCUUACCAUUCACUCAGCCUGGACCAGCGUUUAAUCAGCAAGGACAGCAGCCAGUGUUCCCGAGAGAGAGGCCCGUAAGACCAGCCCUGCAGCCCCCAGGUCCAGUGGGGAUCCUGCACUUUAGCCAGCCAGGGUCAGCAGCCACCCGGCCUUUCAUUCCUCCUAGACAGCCCUUCCUGCCUGGCCCAGGACAGCCGUUCCUGCCCACGCACGCCCAGCCAAACCUUCAGGGGCCAUUGCAUCCUCCAUUGCCGCCUCCUCAUCAGCCCCAGCCCCAGCAGCAGCAGCCGCCCCAGCAACAGCCCCAGCACCAUCAGCACCAGCCCCAGCAUCAUCAGCACCAGCCCCAGCACCAGCCCCCGCUCCAGCCCCAGCUCCAGCCUCCGCACCAGCCGCCUCCCCAGCACCAGCCGCCUCCCCAGCACCAGCCACAGCACCAGCCGCAGCAGCACCAGCAUCACCACCACCUUCCUGCCCCUCCGCCUCCUCUGAUGCCCAUGUCUCAGCCUCAGUUCAGGCCCCAUGUACAGACUGCUCAGCCCCAACCCAGCAGCAGCCGGAUGCAGUGCCCCCCACGCCAGGGGCUGCGGCACAAUGCAGCAUCUCAGAAUGUAACCAAGCGGCCCAUGCAGCAGAUGCAGCCCACUGCUCCCAGAAACAGUAAUUUGCGUGAGUUACCCAUCGCGCCAUCACACGUAAUAGAAAUGAGUAGCAGUCGCUGCUCCUCCACGCCUGCAGCUCAGGUGAAGCCGAUCAGCACGUCCCCACCCGCAAGGGCUGUGGUGGCUUCCAGGAACUCACAGGCGAAAACAGAAGCAAAAGUCAAGCCAGUGAGCCCUGUGGCUCAAAAUAAGGAAGAAGCAAAACCAGAAACAGAGUUUCCUGAUGAAGAUGAAGAAACAAGGUUAUAUCGCUUAAAGAUAGAGGAGCAGAAACGCCUAAGGGAAGAAAUUCUGAAACAAAAGGAGUUACGUCGGCAGCAGCAGGCUGGUGCCAGGAAGAAGGAGUUGCUGGAAAGACUUGCACAGCAGCAGCAGCAACAGCAGCAGCUCUAUGCCCCGCAAGCCCCUGUGGAGCAAGAGGAGCAGGCGGCUGCACCCUCUCCCACUAAUGGUAACCCGCUGCUACCUUUUCCAGGUGCACAGGGCAGGCAGAAUGUGAAAAACAGACUUGUUAAAAACCAGGAUGUCACCAUUUCAAAUACUCAGCCUAAAACAUCAAACUUUGUACCAUCUGGUGCUAACAUGCAGUAUCAAGGACAGCAGAUGAAACCACUGAAACACGUGAGGCCCACCAAAACAAUACCUCAGAGUCAGAUACAGCCUCUGCACAAGGUGGUCCAGGUCAAACCUGUGGAGGUGGAGGAGCCCACACCCCCUCCACAGGCAGCUCGCCCAGCGUCCCUCCAGGGCCGGCCUCAGGACAUGAAGCCUGGUGUGAAGAGGACUGUCAUGCACCGGACCAACAGUGGAGGUGGUGGAGAUGGGCCACACGUCAGCUCCAAGGUCAGGGUGAUUAAGUUGUCAGGAGGGCAGGGAGGAGAAAGUGAUGGAUUUUUUCACCCAGAGGGCCAGCCCCAGCGGCUUCCUCAGCCUCCAGAAGUGAGACAACAGCCUGCCCGCAAGGUGACGCUGACCAAGGGCGGCCCUCAGCAGCCCCAGCACCCGCCCAUGGGGCCCCACCUGCACCCAGCUGUUCCUCCAGGGAUCAAAAGCAUCCAGGGCAUCCACCCGGCCAAGAAGGCAAUCAUGCACGGACGAGGCCGAGGUGUGGCAGGUCCCCUGGGCCGGGGACGCCUGAUGCCAAACAAGCAGAACCUGCGGGUGGUGGAGUGUAAGCCACAACCCUGUGUGGUGUCCGUGGAGGGGCUAUCCUCAUCUACCACCGAUGUCCAGCUGAAGAGCCUUUUGAUGUCCGUGGGGCCCAUUCAGAGUUUACAGAUGCUUCCCCAGCAGCGGAAAGCCAUAGCGAAGUUCAAGGAGCCAGCCCACGCGCUAGCAUUUCAGCAGAAGUUCCACAGGCACAUGAUAGAUUUGUCCCACAUCAAUGUGGCCCUGAUUGUGGAGUGACUGCUCCUGGGAGAGCCUGCCCUCAACGCUGCACACACACUGGAGUUUCUUCAGGGAGGCUGCCAGCCAGCGCAGGAGUCUCAGGGCCUAGAUCUCUCCGGUGUGCAGUCUGCUAACUGUUGUCCGGAGCGCCAACCAGCCCCAGGAUGAUUCCUGAAGAGCUGAACUGAGGGGACAUGGCGAGUGGAGUUUGGUGUUAGAUAGCUUCAAAUUCUGUUGUCCACAAGAACUCCGGUUCUCGUUUUCUUUUGUUUCCAAGUGCUUUCGAUGCAUGUAGACCUGGUUCUUCGUGAUCCUACUGUGUGAUCGGUCACAGUGACUUAGAUUCAGGAAAGAACUUUACCGUACGUCACAGAUCCUAAGUAUUCUUCACAGCAGAGAACAUUUGAUAAUGGUUGCACCUAUCUUCAGUGCAGGCUAGACAGGCACGCUCUCAGCCACGCCCUCUGGCAGGCGGCACCUUGGGCCCUCAGGCCCUGGUGAGAGUAGGUUAAAAUGUGGGUGCCUAUUGAUGGGCACGUGCACAUCGUGGGGAGCAGGGUGUGAGCGGGAGGUUGGGAUUAGUGCUAAUGGGAGUGACAAUUCUGCUUCUUGUAAAUAUCUCGAAAGUGCCAGCUGCACAUUCCUGGUUCCUAGGUGAGCUCCAUGCCUGUUCACACUUUCCCAGACGAGGUGCAGUACUGGCCAGGUACCAGGUGCCCCAUGGCCCAGCAGGGGGCAGGUCCUGUGACCCUCAAACCACCCUCUGGCCCAGCUUUGGCCUGCGAGAUUGAGGCACUGUGGAGGGGUGGUAAGGCUCAUGUGGGUAUUCCUCCUUCUGAAUGCAGCCCCGGGUCGCACAUCCAUCUCCCUGGCUAGGUGACAUGCGCUAUCAUUGCUUUGAUUGCUUUUUGUUUUGUAGCUUCUUUGAGCAGGGGUGCUGUAGUCCUUCAGGGACCCAAGAGUUUCCUCUGCUUGCUGUUCUCCAUGGUGCGUGGCGUGAGGGACAGCUGUCUCACAGUCCGCGCCCCUUGAGAUGAAGUGUGUCUAUUGUUUCCUAGUUUUCUGAUAGGCUCCUAGGUGAGACUUGCUCUCCAAAGCAGCCUCUAGAAGAGUCCCUGCUGGGCACACUGAGAAGUGCCUUACCGGGCUUCUGCCCUACUGGCUUCUGCCCAUGAGAGUGUCACUGUUUGGUACAUGGUCCAAACUUUGCGUACAGGUGACACCAGUGCACACUCAGACUUUUAAGCUGUGUUUUAUACCUGUGAUUUCAUGUCACACUUAUUGGUGGAGUUGAGGGAAAUAGAAGCCCAUUGUCACUUACUGCCUCUGCUUAACCCAGAGAGGACGAGCCUGAGCCUUGACGCUCUUUGGAGCUGCCUUGUAGGAGCUAAGGGGAAGGGACGCGAAACUUGCAGCAGCUGGUUUAUACAGUUGAAGUUUUAAGUUACAUUUUCAAAUGAAGUUUCCAGUUAAGAACUGGAGAAGUUAUUCCAGACCCUGUGAGUCUUUCCUUAGCAUUAAUUCUAAGAUGACAUCUUGUGCCUAGGAGGAACCCUGGGAAGUGCGGGUGGUUGUUUGGGUUCCAGGAAACUGCGUCACUCGGGUCAUCCUAGAGAACCUCUCAUCUGUGGUGCCAACUCUGUCCAGAAGUCCAGUGGCUUGGUGGGUGGACUGUCACCAGCCCCGCCAUGCCCACAGCAGGGUCUGCACACCAGUUCCUUUGAGUAUUGUCAGCUGGUUGGCACGCUGUCACUGCCAUUUAGUGUUCAGUUAGACAGGGAUGUUUGUAUACGUAGGAAUGCAGUUUAUCUGGCCCAGUCCACAGAGAACUGUGUUGGAGUGAUGCGUUUGGUAGCCUGUAAGCUCCAAUUAAGAGAGAUCCAGAGUAUUCAGGACCCGUUGGGCCCUUGGAAACCUUAUUUUAUCACCAAGGACUUAAGAUGCAAUAAUAUGAGUUUAACAGAUUUUUAUCACUUUCUCAAAUAGUCUUGAGUUCUGUGCUUUUAAAACCCCAUCUGCAUGUUCUGCAAAGCAGGCAUGGGAACAUUGAAGUUAGAGUUAACAGAACAAGUCCGAUUUGGGCACCACCGUCGCAGACAGGCCUCAGGACCACCCCACAGUCUGCUUGUGGCCUUGUCUGAGUGUGAUACGGGUACCCGGGAGCACGUGUGUGUCCAUAACUGUCUGCACACAUGAGCAGGCUUUCUCUUCCUGCAGUGUCCUAAGAGACUAUCAGUCAGCCAGGACUGCACAAAGCCCCCAUUAGAACAGCCAGGCACAGGCCAGCCAUUCCACGCACGCUGUUGAGAGUGGACUCUCAGUAUCAGGCAGGCCAGUGCUGCAGGCUAGUUUUCUUGAAGGAAACCACAGAAGAGGAAAGAAGCAGAAUUAGAGUACUGUCGUUCCAUUUUCGGUGCACUUCUGGCAGCAAAGUCAAACCAUGCACCUGAACCCUUGUGGAAGAUCUGCUGCAACCAUUAUCUUUGUUCUUUCUUUAUCAUGCAUUUAAAAUGAGAUGCAAAAGCAUUAGCAUACUAUGUAAAUAUGGACCUUUUAAAAUUAAAACAUUGUUGGAAAUGCUUUCCACUCAGCAACAUCUUAGCUAUUUGUUAGUUCUUUUGUGUUGUCUUAUCAGAGUUUAAUGGAGACACUUCAUUUUGUGAUGUGUUUGUGUGUACAUUCGAUUUUUAUAAAGAUGGUAGUAAGUCAAUACAUUUAUCCUCAUCUGUGUAUUAUUUGUUCACAAGCUCAAGAAGCUGAAGGGCAGUAAAUACCAGUCUAUCUCAAGAGGUGAACCCAUAGGCGGUGGAGUGGAGCCAAACCACUUCUUUCCUUUUGCUUUGUUUAUUUUGUGCUGUAAUGUAAGUUCACUUAGCUGCUUCCGGAAGUUAACCUUGCAUUGCCCUUGGCCUGGCCACAUUUGUUAAAUUCUUAUACUGGUAUUCUUGAGGAUGAAUCUCUUCUUUCCAAAAGCCAUUUUGAGGAGUCCCUGCCCUGGACAGUCAGCUUCCCAUGCAGGUCUGCGCCACGCCCGAUGGAAGAGUGGAGGGGUGGGGUGGGAAGCGAUUUCCCCAGCACCCGCUUUAACUUGGGUAGGUCCCAGUGUGAUGUGCAAAGGUCCCGCACCAGCAGUUGUUCCAGCAGCCGCACCAGCAGUUGGAGCUUGCUUCGCAGCAUUCCUGAGUUGUGGUGAGCCUAGGUUCUGCACCCAGGGGCCUCUUUUCCAAACAGCAUUCUGCCUGACCUUGCAGACAGAAGGCUUUGCUGCUUUAGUAGGCGGGCAGAGGAGUUAGGAGGGUCGGGGAGGAAGGAAGGGAUAGGGUGGGAGGGUGGGUAGAGCCUGUAGAGGGGAGGAGCCGCCCUCAGUGUGGACCGCAGGGCCCCUCAGCCUCUGGCCAAGGCUGGCUCUUCCUUAGGACUGGCGAUACAGACUAGGAGAAGGCCUUCUCUAUGGACUGGUUUUAAGAAGCUGUCACUUUUUUUCUUUUACCUUUUGUUUUGUGUGUCGUUGUUUUGCUUCCUGUUUCCUUGUGGUGUGUCAGGAAGGUAAGCUCCAUGUGUUCCAAGACCACUGGACUGAUUGUGAUCGAGGAUAGGGUCUAGUCCAGGGAGAUCUGCGUAGUGGCUGAAUGUUGUUCUGGAUUGUCCUUGGGUUCUUGGUGGCCUUCCUUUGUCCUCGUUGGAGAAAAUGCCCCAUGGUCAACAAGCACGUCACAGUGCCACAUCUGCGAACCCAGCUGGGCAGCUCUGGCCUUGCUGCUUUGGUGUAAAACCUUCUAGGGAAUCAGUUUUUAUUUUCCUUCCUUUUGUAGAGCCCAGUGUUGGCUUCACAUUCUCCUUUUUAGAUCAAAUUUGGCCCCUUCAUUAAGCUGCAGCUCGCCUCCCUGCUUUUAUUUGGAGUGGGAGGGAGAGGGUGAAAGAGAAUGCAGACGCUUCUGCAGGCCCUCUGAGAAAUGGUAUGUGAGGUAUUGCACAGGGAGUCAGCAGUGGGGGUGCAGGACAGAGGGACCAAGACCCCUUCUCCAUGAGGAAGUGAGCCAUGAGAAGCUUCUCUCAGUGAUGGGAAAGCUUUGGAUCCUUCACUGUAGUUAAUGAGCUUAUCAAUUGAUGUUUUCAUCUAUUUUAAAGUUUGUGAAUGAAGUAUUACUUUGACAUUUUUAAUAUGAAUUCUCCAAAGGCAAUUAGCCUUGAUUUAAUAUUAAAUCCUAAGGAUUUUAUGUAAGGUUUUUUGCAACCUGUUUAUUUUUUAUCAUUUAAAAUACCUAACUUCUUAGGUACAUGAGCCAUGGUUUUGAGUACUAGAACCAGAGCAAACCCAUGAUUCAUAUUGGAUCCCAGGUAUAGCUCCUCCCGGUGGUGUGCGGCCGGGAGGGGUCGUCAGUUUGCACACUGCGACCUGCCUUUCCCAGAGACUGUUCGCACGGCUCUCCCCAGCACGCUCUGGAGGGAGUCUUACAGGCGAAAUGGCAGGUAGCACAGGCACUUGAAGUGAGAACUUUCUGGAGCACCCAUCCCUUUCCUUUCCCUUCUAACCAACCAAAACAUAAGGAGAUCUUUGUGUUAGUGUUUUGCUUGUUGUCAUUUCACUGAUUUUAAAAGGUUUGUAGAAAAAUGCAGUCCUUGAAAGAAGCUCCGUCCCAAAGGAUGGGUGCACAGGCAGGCUCUGUGGUUGAUGCGUUCUGUGUGUGACAAUUCAGUGUGCUCCAGAAAACAGGCCUCAACCUUCUUUACGUAAUUUUAUCCUAAACUAUCUUUUGUUUUAAGGGCACACAUGGUAGAAGCCGGUUUUUAAAGCACUGUUUAAAGAUUUUGCCUCUGCAAUGUUUCCUUGGAAUACGUAACAAGUGCACCUGGCAUACGUGGACGCUGUCCGCCUAAGAGCGAGUAACCUCUUGUUUUUAUAACUCAGCUUUGCUCUUCACAGGCAUGGGAUCCAGAGCGCUCUUCCUCAAGAGGAUUUUAACUUUAGGCUUUAAUUCCACUGUUUUCAUUUUCAGGUGCAGCAAUGGCAAAGCACAGUCUGAUUUCUUUCCUCUCUUGAGCUGGCCCUCUGCCUGUCGGCCAUGUCUGUUCUAUGCUGCUCUCUGAUGGGUGGCCUCCUGCCUGGGCCCAGGCCCCUCCUCGUGUGUCUGUUCCUCGUUCCUGGCUGAGCCCAUCCCCAUCUCAUGCCAAUCACUCCCUUCCCAUCUGAGAUCUGUCACUGCUUCUACCUUCCCGUCUCCCAGUGGCCACGCUCUCCUUCCUUCACCACCCCCCUCCACCUCCACUGGCUUCCACACUCUUGCCCAGGCCACAUACCUGCUCCUCUCUCCAGCGCAAACACUCAGGAUUCCACUCUGGCUGGCAGGAGGGGCCUGUUUCAAUGUGAUUUUUCUCUAAACCUUUGCUUUGACAGGUCUCUUCUUGUGAUUUAUUCCUCCAGGUCUUUGAUUGGAGAGAAUAACAUUCGAUUCUGUUAUUUUGCAGUUUGGCUCUCUGUAGGUGUGUGUGGCGACCACAGAUGCAGCACCACAGCGUGCAUUGGCCAUGUCACUAACCACCCCUUUGUCUCACCCUCUACCUUGCAGGCCCCUGGCAUGGGUCAGUGUUAGUGGUAGCGCGCCUCACGUUCACGUGGAAGCGAUGGGCCGUGUGGCCGUUGUUACUGCCCCUGUGACUGUGGCCCUCCUGACGUAAUGUGUGCGCCUCCUGCUGUGUCGGUGCAGCUCACAGGUGGAGUGUGGAGCUGUGUGUUGGGAGCGCAGUGACCGUUGAGACGCCAGGAGAUGGCUGGCUUGCUUGCCGGGUUCGAUUCAUUCCGUGUUUCCUAAUGCACUUCGUCCACUUCCGUGGGAGAUGAUGGGGCUGUUUUUCCCCAUUUUCACUUUGCGUUAACCACUGUGGGAACUUUUUCAGGAGUAUGUGUGAAGAAUAGUAGUGAUUUAGGUGAAAAGAAAAUGUAUUGUUGUACCCUGUAUGUGGGUUCAUGCUGGGAGAUGUUGGACUGUAUUGUAAUCUGAAAGGCCUGUCAAUAAAACCUGCGUUUCCACUCUG